AUGAUGAUGUUGACUCCACGCGUACACCUGCCUUUAUUACGUAGAGCUGGAUGCUCCCGGCCGCCACUCACAAGACCUUUCUCCUUGUCUCCAAGUUGUCUUCUUCUGUACAAGAAAACGACUCCACCACAAGAGACAAAGGAGCCACCUAGUGAGGUUAAACCAGUCUCCAAUGAAGAACGUUUGAUGCAGAACAAGUACUACAGAAGAUGCCCAAGAUUUUUCAGACCUUAUAUAGGAGAAUUCAUUACUUCGCCAGUCAAGUUUGGAGUGUCGUUUGUCAUUCUGCAUGAAAUAACAGCUAUUGUACCAUUCAUAUCAUUCUGGUAUCUGAUGAUGAAAUACGACUGGAUUCCCCUGGACUUACCACAAGAGUUUCUGACGAGAGGUACAGAGAUUAUUUCCAAAAAGCUGAACGACAUGGACCAACAGCGAUUGGGAUCACUGUUCGACAAGACUAAACUGAUCAUGAGUGGUGCCAAUGCCUACGCAAUGACCAAGAUGUUACUUCCAUUCCGAGUGCCCCUUUGUUUUCUGCUGACUCCGUGGUUUGAACGAUGGGUGGUUAACCCGAUAAUGAGACUAUUCAAGAGAGAAAAGAAGCAAGGAAAGAAGGAACUUUGGGAAAUGGAUGAAUUGAAAAAGAGUCAGAAAAAAUCUCUGGAAAAACCCAGACUCUGA